CCGCUGAGGCGUCAAAAUCACAUUUGUUCUCUGCGCUGAAACGGCAGAUGAGAGCUGCGCUGCGACCAGGACACGAAGCGGAAUUAAAUCCGGACCAGUACCGUGAAUGUUGGACCACCUGUCGGACCGGGACAUGUCGUUAUAAAAUUGAUUUAAACAGAUCUUGGGGAGCAGCGGGGACUGAUGCAGCUGUGUGAUGGGAAAGUCAGCCGAGCAGGAUGGGCAACAAGCAGACAACCUUCACCGAUGAGCAGCUGGAGGCGUAUCAGGACUGCACCUUCUUCACCAGGAAAGAGGUCCUGCGGUUACAUGGCAGAUUUCGAGAGCUGGCUCCACAUUUAGUGCCGCUGGAUUAUACCAACAACCCGGACAUCCGCGUUCCUCUGACGCUCAUCGUCAGCAUGCCUGAGCUGAAGGAGAACCCGUUCAGAGACAGAAUCGUGGAGACGUUCUCAGAGGACAGGCAGGGGAACCUCAGCUUCAACGACUUUGUCGACAUGUUUUCUGCUCUCUGUGAAACUUCACCCAGAGAGCUAAAGACCAUUUACGCCUUCAAGAUCUACGACUACAACAGGGACAACUUCAUCUGCAAGGAAGACCUGACAAAGACUCUGAACAAGCUGACCAAAGGAGAGCUGACCCCAGAGGAGGUCACGCUGGUGUGCGAUAAAGCCAUCGAGGAGGCCGACCUCGACGGAGACAGCAAGCUCUCCUUCUCAGACUUCGAGAACAUGAUCUCAAAGGCUCCCGACUUCCUGAGUAACUUCCACAUACGAAUAUGAGACAAUGCUGAGAUCCUGCAGAGGACAGACAUCUCACUCUGACUGUUUUUCCUGCUUCCACCGGUCUUCACCCUCCACCAGAACUCCACCUCCACCUGAACCUCAGACACCACCUCGACUCAGUGCCUGUCCUUUCUACCGCCGGUGGAGAGUCUUUCUUCUCCAGCGGAACCCGAGACCUGACACAGAGUCCGGCCCGGACUCAGAGAAGCACAGGCUAUUUUCUUGCCAACUCGCGUCCUACAGAGAGACGUGGAAGUUUGAAAAAAGUUGUUACUGCAUGAAACUAUUUUCUUGUUCAUUAAUUUAUAAACUCACGAGAAGGACUGACAACCAAGAUGGGGCUAAUUUUAUACCUUCUCUGCAGCUCGGACGUCUCCUAUGGACGGGUUUGCUCCCCUCAGACACAUGUGGAGACACUGCAGAGUAAAGGGAACAGGGCUUUUUUGACUUCAGUGCUUUGCAGAGAGGCCAGAUCCACUGACUGGAUUCUUUUAAACAAGCACAGAUUUAAAGGGCAAAACAGUGAAGAGCUAUGCAAUCUUUCUUUGUGAAGUGCAUGUUGUAAAGGCUUCUAGCUGUGGUUAAUUUGUACACCUGGUCUAGUUUAACGUUUUCUGGUGCCUAAUGACAAUCAUAGUAAACUGUAGUUCAGUUGAUGGAAGGGCUCUCUGUCGUCUCACUUGUAAACUUCGGCUUUGAUAAAUCUUUUCCUGCUGCCAACCGACUUUAUAGUAGAGCUUUCAGUCAUUUAAGAGAAAAGGUUUUGUGGCUUGAAAUCAAAUAAAAGAUUUUUCUGUU